GAAAGUGCAACGUGGGAUGUGCCUGAAUCACAAACAGGGCAGCUGCCCCCUCCGUUGCUCCCUCGUUCCUAUAAUUUAUCUGGAGAGGAGGAGAACUGAAGUCAUGGUGAAAUUAACAAAACACACACACUUUGGAAAGUCUCCCCCUCCGCCCCCCUUGUUUUGUUCUAACUCGGGCAGCCUAUCCUGAGGGUCUGGAGGAGAAGCCAAGGGGGUUUAGAUCUGCAUCUCUUUCAGGAAUCACGUGUUAAAUAGUUGAUAUAAAACCGCGGAGCAGGGGAUCCAGGCGGGGGACUUGAAGACCAGCCCUCUCCAGGGACCCUUUUGUUCAGCUCUCAGACAUAAGCACCUUCUCGCUAGCCAAGUGCUUCAGUGGCAACUUCCCCGCCCUGGCAAAGGAGACAGACCCGGCAGAGCCAGCCCCCCGACCUGCGGCAGCCCUUCGAAAUGUCCCGAUCCUUCUAUGUCGACUCUUUAAUCAUCAAAGACUCCUCGAGGCCAGCUCCUUCCCUGCCUGAGCACCCCCACGGACAGGAUUUCCUCAUCCCUCUCAGCAUGCCUUCCCCCCUGGUCAUGUCGGUGUCGGGCCCCGGCUGCCCGUCCCGCAAGAGCGGCAGCUUCUGCGUGUGCCCGCUCUGUGUCACUUCGCACUUGCACUCGUCCCGGGGGGGCGGCAGCGGGGCCAUCCCCCUGCUCAAGAGCCAGUUCCCGCCCGGCGCAGAUGCCCAGUACUGCCCCAGGGUGAGCCAUGCCCAGCACCAGCAGCAGCAGAGCUCGGUACCAGCCGCCGCCGCCGCCGCCCUGGGCCACCCGGCGCAUCACGCACCUGUCUGCACCGCCGCCCCCUACAGCGUGAGCGACCCCAGGAGAUUCCAUUGCCUCGGCAUGGGAGGAUCCGAUACUAGCCACAUCCCAAACGGCAAGAGGAUGCGGACCGCUUUCACCAGCACGCAGCUUCUGGAGCUAGAGAGGGAAUUUUCUUCCAACAUGUACCUGUCCCGCCUGAGGAGAAUCGAGAUCGCGACCUACCUGAACCUGUCUGAGAAGCAGGUGAAAAUCUGGUUCCAGAAUCGAAGGGUGAAACACAAGAAAGAAGGCAAGGGGAGCCAGAGAAACACUCACGGGGGCUGCAAGUGCACUGGCAACCCGGGACAUUACCCGAGGUCAGAAGACGAAGAGUCUUUAUCCCCAUCAUCGGCGAACGAGGACAAAGAGAUCUCCCCUUUAUAAAGCGCUAACAAACCCGCCGACUGCCUUUCCAAGCUGGGACGCCUUCGAUCCUCUGAACUAGCUUCUUCCACCCUACGGUUGCAAGCCUGAACUAAACGGGGAAGCCUGUGUGACUGCAACCGCAUACACCUGCCCGAGCUAGGACCAUGCUAAGGAACACACAAAGGCAAUACUUCUUGAUGGCUCUGUCCGCCCAUAAGGUUUAUUUUAGCCGCUUCCCGGGUUAGAUAUUUUGAAUGUACAGGCUUUAGUGGUGAGCGUUCGACUAAAACAUUAUUUAUAUAACACAAGGAGCAAUGCUGCUCUUUCAGAAAAAAAAAAAGUGAACGUGGUCCUGGAUUUCCUAUGGGCAUGGCAGUUUUCCUCCCCUCCCUCCCCUCAAUACAGUUAAAGAAAAUCCCAUUUCAGGACUUCGCUGAAAGUUCUGACGUCGAGAAGACUUUAGAGAAUUAAAAGGAAAAAAUAGGGUCUAACUGCAUGAGAAUCUUCUGUACAGAGUUUAAACAAUUACAAUCGUUCGGAGGUUCGUUUGUAUGUGAAUAGUUUUAUAUAAGAUUUAUAUUUAUAUUUAUUUAAAUGAGGUCAGACAAGAAUUUUAAUUUUUUUUUUAAAGUGCCAGCUUAGUUCAAACAAUGGUGGUGUAAUUAUUGGGGCAAAAUGGUGGGUUUUUUUUAAUCCUUUGUACACUAAUUGAAUUAGUAUGUUUCAGAAAAAUUAUAA